AUGCCUGAGGCCAGAGUCACGCUAGACCCGAAAUCCACGCCUGGCUUCAUACAUGCCAGUGAGCUGACGGCCGAGAGCGCCAACGCGGCUGUGCGUGCUCUGCAGUCGAGCCGGGACUACGACAUCUUCACCAGCGACGAGCCUGUCCAACCUGGAGAACCUCAAGAAGACGCUAGCGAGAUUGAGCGCCUCGGAGUUGACGAGGUCCUGCAAAAAAUAUCUCGUCGGAGACAACGAGGUGAGAGCUGGGACUUGGACAAGGAGUUUAAGUCCCCCACAGAGGAGCCAUGGCACGACCGAGCCUGGGGUCGCACCGGCAAGAACCUGGCCGCUAUCUCAGGCCGGUACCAGGUCCACCCCGGCGAGGACCUGGAGCGUGCCGCUGCCGAGGUCAUCAACACGAGUAUCUACGUGACGAGAGCGGCCAUGCACCCACCGCACGAGUUCCGCGUCCACCUCUUCAUCCUGCACGUCGCCAAUGCCUCGUUCUGGCUGCAAGCCUUCCUGCAGCGGGCCUCGAUCUCGCGCGCGCUGAAGGCGUGGAUGGUCGAGGACACCGGCCGUCUGUUGACCUUCAUGGCCGCCGGCGUGGGCAUGUCGGCAUUGCACCACGGGGAGACUCAUACCACAAUCUCAAACGAAGAUACAUGGGGCGAUGCCAUGCGAGAACUGCGCUUCCCUUGCGGCCUAUCGAUCCAUUAUCAGAGCUGCAGUUAGCUGCACUCUGGGAAUAUUUAGAGGCAUACCUAGAGAAGGGUUGGAUCAAUCCCUCACAAAGUCCUGCGGGCACACCAAUCCUUUUUGUUCCAAAAAGGAUGGGGGUUUAAGGCUCUGGGUGGACUACCAGGGGCUGAACGCCAUCACUGUCAAAGCAAAUACCCACUCCCACUCCCAAGUGAAAUGCUAGAUCGACUUGGAGGUGCUUUUCACGCAACUAGACCUCCGGGACGCAUGCCAUCGUAUUUGCAUACGCAAGAGGGACGAGUGAAAAACGGCGUUUAGAACACGCUAUGGGCAUUUUGAAUAUCUUGUGAUGCCAUUUGGCUUGGCCAAUGCGCCUGCCACCUUCUAAGCGUACAUUAACCGUGCGCUUAGUGACC